GUCAUGCAUUGGUUUAAAAAAUCAGAAAAAGAUAUCAGAAAUGAAAGAAUUUAAAAGGCUACUUCAUAAGAAUAAUAUAGAAUGCCUUGUCCAUUAGGAGAUAUUAAGUGGGAUGAAGAAGGUAUGAUUGAAUUUAGUGGUGUUUAAAGAAAUACAACAAUAAAACUACAUACAUAUAGAUGUUUUACUAAACCAAAUUAAACUCCAAAAUCUAUCACUAUCUUUUUUCAUGGAUUAAAUGAACAUCUUGGAUUAUAUGCUCAUAUAGCUUAAGCAGUGAGUAAAGAAGCAAACAGUGUAUGUGUAGGUUUUGAUUUUAGAGGAUUUGGUAAAAGUUAAGGGUUAAGAGGGUGGCUUGAAUCACAAUAAUAACAUUUGGAAGAUUGUACAAGAUUUAUUUAAUUAAUUAAACAAUUAUAUCCAGGAACAAAAUUAUUUGCAUUAGGAUAAUCAUUAGGUGGUUUAACAUCAUACCUUUUAGGUAUAAAUGAUCAUGUUCAUGGAACUAUUUUAAUCACACCUGCUCUAAUGGAUAAUUAUUAUAAUAGACCUUAUUUAAAAAAAAUGGCUAUCUUAUUAGGUAAAUUCAUUCCUACUUGGUCUCCCUUUCCUGCUUCAUUCCAAAAUGCUUCUAAAAAUCCAUAGAUUAUAGAAGAUAAUAUCAAUGAUCCUUAUAUAAAUUAAAAUUCUACUUUACCAGGCACAGCUAGAGUUUUAUUAUAAAUGAUGAGAGAAGCUCCAAAUUCUUUUAAAAAUUUUUCAAAACCUUUCUUGAUUAUAGCAGGAGGUAUGGAUUAAAUUAUUGAUCCUGAUGUUGGACAUGAACUUAUUAAAUAAAGUCCUUCAAAUGAUAAAGAACUCAUUUAUUAUGAAAAUAUGUGGCAUGAUUGUAUAGCUGAAUAAGAAAUCCUUGAAAUUAUUCCCAAAAUUGUUGAAUGGAUUAAUAAAAGAUAAUGA